GGAGCCUGGCAGGAGAUGGCCGCCGCAGCAGCUGUCGUAUCGGCAGAGCUGAGAUCCCCUGGCCGGGGCCUGCAGUGACAGCCAGCGGGGAGCCUCACCGAGCCCAGGCGCAGCACUCGCUCCAUCCCCUCAGGGACCACCCGGGCCCAGCGCAGGCCGCAUCCUCGGCCUGUCCCCAGUCAGCAGCCCGCACACAGGCCGCCUGCCCGGGUGAAUGCACUGACCUGGCCCCCGUCCCGUGUCUCUUGAUUCCUCUGUCGAGAGGGACCUGCCGCUAGUGUGCUCUCCUCCGCCGGUGAAAAAGCCUGGGAGUCGGGGAGUCAGAGGGGAGUCACGAUGUCGUUCGGCGGGGGAAUGGCUGAUGGGAAAACCGAUCUUACAAACGGGGGUUUUUCUAGCAGCCCUGAAGACAAAUCCGGGACGGAAGAAGGCAGAGAAAACUCCUCCGGCAUCGAGGUGGAGGCCUCGGAUGUGAGCCUGAGCCUCACCGGCGAUGAUGCGGCAGCGACACGCGCAGAAAGCAGGGACACCGGGUCUGAAAGCUCUGGAGAAGAUAAGGACUCGGACAGCAUGGACGACACCGGCCAUUACUCCAUCAAUGAUGAGAACCGAGGUAACGACCACUCACACUCAGAGGAUGAGGACGACGAUGAUGACGACGACGAUGAAGAGGAGGAAGGAGAUCGUCUCCUAAAGCGAGCUCAACGAAAACGCGCCAACCAUGACCAGGACUCGUCAGAUGACGAGAGGGCCCUGGAGGAUUGGGUGUCCUCUGAGAAGACGCCUCUACCCCUCCCUCGCUGGAGAGCAAUCCGUGCCCUCAGACAGCGGGAGCUGGGCAGCAGCGCCCGCUUCAUCUACGAUGCCUGCGGGGCCCGAGGGUUCGUCCAGAGAUUCCGCUUGCUUCAUGGCCUGGACGGACACAGCGGCUGCGUGAACACCCUGCACUUCAACCAGCGAGGGACCUGGUUGGCGAGCGGCAGCGAUGACCUCAAAGUUGUGGUGUGGGAUUGGGUGAAGAAGAACCCCGUGCUGGAGUUUGAGAGCGGACAUAAGAGCAACGUCUUCCAGGCGAAAUUUCUGCCCAACAGCGGAGACUCAACGAUAGCCAUGUGUGCCCGAGACGGGCAGGUGCGGAUCGCCGAACUGUCUGCCAUCCAGUGCUGCAAAAACACCAAGAGAGUAGCGCAGCACAAAGGCGCAUCGCACAAGCUUGCUCUGGAACCCGACUCCCCGUGCACGUUCUUAUCUGCUGGCGAGGACGCCGUGGUGUUCACCAUCGACCUCCGGCAGGACCGGCCAGCGUCCCGGCUGGUGGUAACCAAGGAGAAGGAGAAGAAGGUGGGACUCUACACCAUCUACGUGAAUCCGGCCAACACGUUCCAGUUUGCUGUGGGCGGCAGGGAUCAGUUUGUCAGGAUAUACGACCAGCGCAAAAUAAACGAGAAUGAAAACAAUGGCGUCCUCAAGAAGUUCUGCCCUCACCACCUAGUCACAAGCGAGGCAAAAGCAAACAUUACCUGUCUGGUAUACAGCCACGAUGGAACGGAGCUCCUUGCCAGCUAUAACGACGAAGACAUUUACCUGUUCAACUCAUCCCACAGCGAUGGCGCAGAGUACGUCAAGCGCUACAAGGGACAUCGAAACAAUGCCACAGUGAAGGGGGUGAACUUCUACGGCCCAAACAGUGAGUUUGUGGUCAGCGGCAGCGAUUGCGGUCACAUAUUCCUGUGGGAGAAGUCAUCUUGUCAGAUUGUACAAUUCAUGGAUGGUGACAAGGGCGGCGUGGUAAACUGCCUGGAGCCGCAUCCUCACCUGCCGGUCCUUGCCACCAGCGGCCUUGAUUACGAUGUGAAAAUUUGGCUCCCCACGGCCAAAGAGCCCACUGCCCUGGACGAGCUGAAAGAUGUGAUUAAGAAGAACAAGCGAGAGAGGGAUGAAGACAGCCUGCAUCACACGGAUCUGUUCGACAAUCACAUGCUCUGGUUCCUGAUGCACCAUCUCAGACAGAGAGGGCGCCGCAGGAGGAGAAGAGAUCCAGGCUUGGGUGGCGCUGACGCCGAUUCCGAUGACUCUCCCAGCUCCUCCGACAGCUCAGAGGACGAGGAGGAAGGUCCCGAUCGUGUCCAGUGCAUCCCGUCAUGAGCGUUCCCCAAGCGAUCCCUCUUUCGGGAAUGAAGAGGAGUUCAUUACUAACAGACAUUUUCAGCUUUUUAUUAAGGUUAUAGGACAAUAGAUAAACGGAAAAAGUACAAAACCACAAAAAAAACACAUGCAUUUCCUCUUCUGGCCGCUUCAUUUGUUUGUUUUUGGAAAGGGGGCACCCCGUGCUCGGCAUAAAUUGCACUUUGGAUUGACCGGCUUUAGCGUGGGGGAAAAUAUAAGAGGACGCUUUUGGAUUUUCUCUACAUGGCCGGUGGGCGUUCCGCUGGACAAUCGAGAACACGUUGGCGAUGAAUGCUUUGGAGAGAAAAGGCUUUUUUUUUGUUUCACUUUUCUAGAUAAGAGCAGCCAUCUAAAACCAGCGUCUUUCCCUGCGUUGCUUUACCUGUGUGUUCCUUGUACCUGUCAACUGCUAGCGGCUGUCAGUGGUUUUCUCCGCCAUCACAGCAACUGCAUCGAGAGUCUUAAUGUGUAGGCUGCCAGUGGAUUCAUGCGCGUUGAAGUUAGAAAGAAACCCCAUUUAUUGCUUAUAUGAUGCAGCGGUAACCGCUUAAAGCCACGUUUUAAUUUCUCACCCCUUCUGGAAUGUUUUUUUUUGCAGCUCUGUAAUUGGCUCAGUCUGUUUCAGACCUCAAAUUUUUGGCAUCAUCCUCGUUCCGAGCUGAAUCUUUUUAAAUCCACCAUCCAUGCAUCCGUAGAGAUAGUGAAGUUAUUCCACCCAAGUAUUGUAAGAAGGGUAAGAGAGAGCCGUGUUAAUAAGGAUCAGACUCCCCCACUUGGUGUCCUUUGUGGAAACGGCGGCCGUCUGGAUCAUGCCAAGUACAGAAUUGGUUAGGAUGGUUGGGGUUCUAGAGCGAGUGGAGUUGAGAACCUGAGUUGUAUUGAGCUGUACUUGUCGCCGUUGUUGGCACAGAUCGGAAGUUUCUAGAAGACUCUCGGGGUAUUAAUAGCUGAUCAGUUACUCUUCAGGAGGGGUGUCUUUGCUUUGCAAUCACGAGGGGGGCUUCUGCGGAAUCUGAAAUCAUAUUUGUAAGAACAUCAAUGUUUGCCAAAACGGGAAUCCGCGCGGAUCUUCAGGUCGCCCCUGAACGCUCCUUAUUUUCAGUAACAAGUUGUUUAACAAUACAUGGCUGUGUUUGGUAUACAGUUAUUGAUCGUCAUCAGAAUACUAUUAUAGUACAGAAAAAACCCACCUCCCGUGUAGAAUGAGAACAGAUUCUCCUGGUCUUAGGUCUCCGAUGCUGCACAUUUUGUAACGGCCUUCUCUGCUUUAAAUUGCUUAAAAUCACCUUGCGACCCGACAUAUUCCCGUUUUUUUUUUCCCUCCCCUUCAGAUCUCCGUAUGCCUGCAGAAAGCUUUCCAUAGCAGGGAUUUGUAAAUAAUAAUAAAAAAAAAAAAAUGCGAUUGUUUGCACUU